AUGAUUAGCAUGCAAAUUCCUCAUCUCCAAAAAUACCCCAACGCUGAAGGAUAUUUCGGUCGAUUUGGCGGCAACCACUAUCCACCCGAGCUCCGGCCAGCGCUAGAAGAGCUGGCCAGCAGCUAUCAGGAGCUUCAUCGCAUGCCAGAAUUCCAGCAGGCACUCAAAAAUGUGCGAAUUGGACUGCAAGGUCGACCGACCCCGAUUCAUUACCUCGAAAAUCUUUCAAAUCAGGUCGGGGGCGCUCGGAUUUUCAUCAAGCGAGAAGAUCUGAAUCACACGGGGGCGCACAAGAUCAAUCACUGUAUUGGCUUCGCACUUCUUGCCAAGAAAAUGGGUAAGAAGAAACUGAUAGCUGAGACGGGGGCCGGUCAGCACGGCGUCGCGCUGGCAACUGCAGCCGCCUAUUUUGGCCUCGAAUGCGAAGUUCAUAUGGGGGAGAGCUCGAAUGUCGGUCGUAUGCAGCUGCUGGGCGCGCGCGUGGUACCAGCAACGACUGGUCAGUCCGCGCUGAAGGAGGCGAGUGAUUCUGCAUUCAACGCAUAUGUAGAGCAGCAUGCGCACGCGCUCUAUGCGAUCGGAUCGGCUAUCGGACCCCAUCCUUUCCCUAUGAUUGUUCAAGACUUUCAAAGUGUCGUGGGUCGCGAAGCCCGCGAGCAAUUUCUUUCCAUCACGUAUGGAAAGUUGCCCGAGCAUGUCAUUGUGUGCGUCGCCGGUGGGUCCAAUGCAAUGGGUAUGUAUUCGGGCUUCAUUGAUGAUCCGGAUGUUGUUCUGCACGCAGUAGAGCCUCUGGGCGAAUCUGAUCCACUAGGCCACCACGCAGCGACGCUCUCCCAUGGAAGACUGGGAACAUUGCAUGGUGCUCGAUCGGUUGUGUUGCAGAAAGACGACGACACGCCUGCUGGUGUCUCUUCUGUGGCAUCGGGACUCGCCUACCCUGGCGUUGGCCCCGAGAUCGCGAUGCUUCAUGAAACGGGCCGACUUUCUAUCGCAACGAUCUCGGACGAAGAAGCCAUCAGCUCUUUUUCUCGCCUGUCCAAAUUGGAGGGAAUCAUCCCGGCUUUGGAAAGUGCGCAUGCUUUGGCAUAUGCGAUACGCUUGGCGGCACAGCGCCCUUCAUCCGAACGAAUACUGGUCAACCUCUCGGGGCGCGGCGACAAAGAUGUUGACUUUGUGCUUGAGAACUAUGGGACUGGUGCCCCUUUGGUCCAUCCAUGA